CGUACCAAUUGAAAUAUCGACAGAAAUUGUGUUAGUGAAGUGAAAAGACUAUAAAUAUAUCGAUAAAAUGAAGAGCGCGUACCUAUUAGCGGUCCUAAUUUUCGGUAUCGUGAGAGCGAGUGAAAUCGAUAAAGAGAAAUCCCCAGAAGAGAUUCUAAAGCGAGGCCUGACCAACAAAUGUGUUCAACGGGAGACAUCCUCGUGUAUCGCCAUCGAGCUGGUGGGCUACGUGGAUCGGAUGCUCAGAGCAGCCUCCUUCCAGCUCGGGGAAGAUGUCAUGAUUGUUGAUGAGAGCCACGGUGCCGCAGCAGAAAUCCCCAUCAAAUCAGAAACCCUCGCCAGAGCCGGUACAUCAUUAGAAGACCAGGCUCAGCAGCUGAUCAUGGACAAGCUGUGGUACUUCGUCAGCUCACGGUCCUUGAGGUACCGGCUGCUGAAUGACGCUGACCUCGUCAUUUCUGGUAAACAGGAGAAGGAUGGAAGCCUUGGUGUUGGUGUAUCCAUGAAACCACCAAAAGUAUAUGAAAGCGGCAGAGGCCGUCAGAAGCCAUUCGGGCCAGUCCUAGCAUUAGCCGCAUUGAAGUUCGGUCUCUUCGGAGCCCUGACUUUUAAGGUCUUAGCCCUCAUGGUCGGAAAGGCCCUGCUGAUUUCGAAGAUAGCCCUGUUAUUGUCAACCAUUAUUGGACUGAAGAAGCUAUUCUCUUCUCAGGCUAUUGUCAAAAAGGACUAAGUCAAUUGGAUGACUGACACUGAAUGGAGUAACGGCGAUACUUACCUCAACAAAAUAACCAUAAAAUGAGGCUUAUUACACAAUUUCAUUGCUAGGAAUGUUAAAAAAAAAGUUGGAAAAAAAUUGCAAAAAAAUGGAGAGUACAAGAAAAAAUCGUCAAGAGAUUUUGUGUGUGACUGUACUGAAGGUGUAUGAAAUAUCU